CCGAGGCUGUGGGCGGGGCCAACGCCCGCCGCCGCCCCCGCCUCCUUCGCCGUUUCGUUCUGCAGCGGUCGAGGUGAAGGUGGGCUGUCGCUCUGCGCCUCGUCCCUCUCUCUCUCUCUCUCUCUCUCUCUCUCUCUCUCUCUCUCUCCUCUCCUCGGCGCUCGCUCGCUGGUCGACCGAGAGUUUUGGCUUCUCGUUCCCAUGGCUACCGAGCGGCCUUUCCAGCUGGUGGUGUUCGGGGCCUCGGGCUUCACGGGGCAGUACGUGGUCCAGGAGGUGGCGCGAGUAGCUGCCGAGGAUGAGCUGCGAGGCUCCUUGCGCUGGGCCGUGGCCGGCCGGUCUCGGGAGAAGCUGCAGGAGGUGGUCGAGAAGGCGGCCGCCAAGUUGGGGAAAGCAGAACUGAAGUCAGAAAUUGGCAUAAUGCUAUGUGAUGUCAGCGAUCCAUCUUCUCUUGCUUCUAUGGCUAAACAAACGAAUAUUGUUCUAAACUGUGUAGGCCCAUACCGUUUUUUUGGAGAGCCUGUGGUAAAAGCUUGUGUUGAGAAUGGGACAAACUGUAUUGACAUUAGUGGAGAACCGCAGUUUCUGGAAGGAAUGUAUCUACAUUAUAAUAGCAAAGCUGAAGAAAAAGGAGUAUAUAUUGUUGGAAGCUGUGGUUUUGAUUCUAUUCCAGCAGAUAUGGGAGUAUUAUUCACCAAAAACAGCUUAAAAGGUACCUUAACUGCAAUUGAAAGUUUUUUGACUGUAAACUCGGGACCAGAGGGUGCCUGUAUUCAUGAUGGAACCUGGAAAUCAGCUGUAUAUGGCUUGGCAGAUCAAGACAAGUUGAAGAAAAUUAGAAAACAAAUUGGACAUAAACCACUUCCAGUAUUUGGAGCAAAACUCAAAAGAAGAGGUACAGUAUUUUACAGUAAUGAAUUCAAACAGUAUUCCAUUCCAUUCAUGGGAUCCGAUGCCUCUGUAGUAAAGCGAACUCAGCGGUAUUUGCAUUCACAUUUGCAGGAAACACCUGUGCAGUAUGCUGCUUACACCACCGUGGGUGGUCUCACUUCUGUCAUAAAGCUAAUGUUUGCUGGUCUUUUAUUUUUAAUGCUUGUGAAAUUCAACUUUGGAAGAAAGCUCCUGCUAAAAUAUCCUGAAUUCUUUUCUGGAGGACAUUUUACAAAAGAAGGGCCAACAGAAAAACAGAUGGAAGGAUCAUCUUUUGAAAUGACUUUUCUUGGAGAGGGAUAUAGCACAGGACAAACUCCACAGGAGGGCAAACCUGAUGUUAAAAUCUGCACCCAAGUGAAGGGACCAGAGGCUGGUUAUGUUGCUACACCUAUAGCAAUGGUACAGGCUGCUGUGGCACUUCUUAAGGAUAAGAAUUCUCUUCCCCAAAAAGGUGGUGUCUAUUCUCCUGGGGCUGUGUUCUAUAAUACAAAACUUAUUGAGAGACUGAACAAGCAUGGAAUUGAAUUCUCUGUCAUAAGCAAGCCUGAAGUCUGAAAUCUGACCAGCAACCAUUUGUGUGUGCGCGCGAGCAUGCACAUUCAAAAUGAAAUAAUAAUAAAGUUGAUAAACUUAAUAUGUAUAGUGUAAAGAUACUGUUGCUUGAAUGGUUCAUAUGCGAGUUAGAAAGAUGAAUUUAUUAAUAUUGGAAACAGGUAACUGCCAUUAAUUAAUUAGCAGUGGUUAAUCUAAUAGAAUGACUCAUAGAGCCCUCUUGCUUUUUAGAAACAAACCCAAUUUCUAUGAGACAUUAAAUCUAACUCUGAUCAUUUCAUUUUUAAUCAGAACAAUGUAUAAUAUUUUCCUAUUUGAUUUUUGAAAGAUUGCAGAUUAAAUUGUGGAAACUGUGUCAUCUGAUCAAAUAUUGAAGGUGGGAAUAAAUUCCAUUGACAUCUUGUUGACUAAUGAAAUAAAGUAAUUGUCCUUAGUUUAGGUCUUAUUGAGUCCAAUCAUUUGGUAUUUUUCUAUAUUUUAUUGUUUGCUAUAGCAUUAUGAAAGCAUUUAACCUGUUAAAUUAAACUUCAUAUCUUAAGUAUCCAUUCCAGCUGAAACAUACCUGAGUAUCUGACGUUUUUAAGAACUUAAUCUCAUACUUAGUUGCUGUUAUUUUCUUUGUUAUUUUUCAAUGCAAUAAAAGGUUUGAAAAUCUG